UAACCCAUUACUUUUCCCAAACAAACUCCAUUUUGCGCGCACUGGUUUGUUGAAGGAUGGCCUCCUCUAUUGUAUCACCCAUCAUCUCAAAGAUUUCUCCUAAGCCUAUUUAUGAUUUUCUUCUAAUAUCUAGGGGCAGUGCUUGGGAAGGACCUUUUGUUUUUCUAUUGGAAGGAGGUGAAGCAAAGGUUUCUCGUGGCUGGAUGGGCGGGACGUCAAUUGUAUGUGUUGGUGGUGAUGAGGAUGUGGUCUAGGAGGUGGAAGGGAUUUCUAUGGCUGGAGAUUCCGCAGGCACCUUUCUUUUCUUGCUUUCAGCAGCAGCAAAGACAAGCCUCGUUGUCGUAAGCCGAGAGGGCCGGGGUUACUUUGGGGGAGGAUUCUUCAGAUUGGUUCAAAGGCUUAUAUAAUCUCUUGAAAUUUCAUGAAUCCAACUCAGAAAUAGACCAACCGGAUGCUGUAAAGAGCUAUCAGAAUGAAGGAGAUAAAGCUACAGAUGAGAUGAAAAUUUAUUAUCAACCCGAAGAACCUCAAAUUGCUGGCAUUGAGAGUACUGUUAUAGCAAAUUUACAACAGGGUCAGACCGUUAGCAAGACAAUCAUACCACCAUCUCCUUUACCUCAAAGGCUACAAAAGCAACAAGAUGUCAUGCAAAAAGAGCAAACCUUGAGUGAUCUUGAGGCUAAUGUGGAAUUGAUGCCUAUGACUCUGCUAGAGAAAAUGGAAAUAAGGAGCAUAAGGUCUGUAAAGAUGACUCUACAUUUACCUAAUCGCUCCAUCAAAACAUCAAUUGGCAUUGUUGAAAAUAUGAAUGUCAAGAUAAGCAACUUUGCACACCAAGUAGAUUUUGUGAUGCUUGACAUAGAGGAGGACCCUACUAUUUCUCAACUUCUUGAGGAACCAUUCUUUGAUACCCGAAAAGUUAUGGUAGACAUGUGGAAGAGCGAUUUGAUUUUAAAGAUGGAUGGAGAUCAGGUGCAUACCAUUGAAUAUACGAAAGAUGGAAUAACAAACCUCGAUGAUCCUCAAUCAUUAAAGGUUAAAGGCAAGCCCAAGGUCAAGAUGAAGGAGUAUACAUGCAAGAAGAGUUGGAUCGAAGAAUCAAAGUUGUUCUUCGCUCUUUGCUUCAAGCCACCUUGAUCAUCAAUCCAAGUCAGGUUGAAGACUAUAAAACAAGCGCUUUUGGGAGGCAACCCAAAGUUCAACUAGAAGUUUUUCAUUUUAAUUUCAGUAUUUUAGGUUUCUUGCAUUUGAAUUUCUUGCAUUUUUAAAUUUUCGUAUUUUCAAUUCUUAGGAUUAUGAUGAGUUAGUAUUCAUGUUCCCUUUUAAUCCAAGUUAAACUAUGUUGCAGGAAAAGAGGUACUGAUGCUCCAAAGAGAGGAAUUGGGCCGUAGCAAAGGCUUGAGUUCGGAGUCCCUCAAACACUCAAGCCACAACAAAGGCUUGAGUUUGGAGUCCCCCAAACCUCAAUCACCUUCACUCGAGGCAACCAAAUUGAAUUUGGAGUGGCAAGAAUGGUGACACUAAGCACCCAAAGUGGAAAAAUCAAGGCAAAGAUGAAGAAAUGGGAAAGGAGGUUGAGCAAAAAGAUGAAAACAUAGAAGAUAAACCCUUGGACCAAUAAGAAGAUGAAGACUAACAUCAGAACUUCCCUCAGUUUUGAUUAAAAAUGAAGAAAAACCCUGGUUGUCUUGUUCUUUUCUUUUCUUUUCUUUUCUUUCCUUCUUUUCCUUUUUGAAGUGAAACCUCUUGCAUCAUCUAGAAAAUUAAUGAAAAAGAGGAACAUGUUUGCUAGCUAGUUAGAUUUUCAAUUCGGUAAAUUUACUUUUCAUUUUUGUUUGAAUAAAGAAGUUAGGUUAUACA